UCCUACAAUCCACCGCUUUUUGUCCCACUUAUCCAAUUACUUGCCAUGUAAAUGGCAUUGUCGUGGCUCUCUCAUAAACACCUCCCUCCUUUCAACCAUCAACUCAACCACAGAACUUAUAUCCAAGCACACCCUUUCAUGGCCUCCUUCAAAUACAUCAGUAUAUCCUCUCCUGGAUUCCCCCAAAACAGAGCAUCAGUUCAUGGCAGAGUACUGAUCAAACGCAGUAAUUUUACUAGUCCUAUUUGAGCUCAAAAGUUAAAUCAUGGAGGAGCGACACGUUUUGUUUGGGAAAUACGAGAUGGGUCGGUUCUUGGGUAAGGGAACAUUUGCAAAAGUGUACUACGGGAAACACAUAGUGACAGGGGAGAGCGUGGCAAUCAAGGUAAUUGGCAAGGAUAUGGUGAAGAAAGAAGGAAUGAUGGAGCAGAUCAAGCGAGAAAUUUCAGUGAUGCGACUCGUUCGACACCCGAACGUGGUGGAGCUCAAAGAAGUCAUGGCGACAAAGACUAAAAUCUUCUUCGUUAUGGAGUACGUCAAAGGCGGUGAAAUCUUCGCGAAGGUCGCAAAGGGAAAGUUGAAGGAGGACCAAGCGAGGAAGUACUUUCAACAGUUAAUCAGCGCCGUUGAUUUCUGUCACAGCAGAGGAGUCUCACACCGGGACUUGAAACCAGAAAAUCUGUUGUUAGACGAUAACGAAGAUCUCAAAAUCUCCGAUUUCGGCUUAUCGGCCCUGCCGGAGCAGCUCCGGAACGACGGGCUUUUACACACCCAGUGCGGUACACCAGCGUAUGUUGCGCCGGAGGUUCUGAGGAAGAAAGGCUACGACGGAUCUAAGGCCGACAUCUGGUCCUGCGGUGUAAUCUUAUACGUGCUCCUCGCCGGGUUCUUGCCAUUUCAGGACGAGAACGUCGUGAACAUGUACAGGAAGGUUUUCAAGGCGGAUUACGAAUUCCCGCCGUGGUUUUCGACGGAUUCACGGAGAUUAAUUUCAAAAAUCCUCGUCUCCGAUCAGGAGAGGAGAAUCACGAUCCCAGCGAUCAUGAGAGUCCCGUGGUUCCGAAAAGGUUUCGCAGGGCCCAUCGCGUUAUCGAUCCAAGAGCCUGGAUCCGAAAAAACCGAAGAUCAUACCGAACCAGCUGAGAAGACGAAAAUGCCCUCGUCGCCGAAAUUCUUGAAUGCGUUCGAAUUCAUCUCCUCCAUGUCGUCGGGGUUCCAUUUGUCCAGUCUGUUCGAGAAUAAGAGGAGGGUGGGGACCAUCUUCACAUCGAAGUGUUCAGCGUCGGCGAUUGUGGGGAAGCUUGAAGGGGUUGCGAGGGCAAUGAAUUUUAAGGUAGCAAAAGUGAAGGAUUUCAAAGUGAGGCUUCAGGGUCCGUCGGAGGGGAGGAAGGGCAAGUUGGAGGUGACGGCGGAGGUUUUCGAGGUUGCGCCGGAGGUAGCGGUCGUGGAGUUCUCAAAGUCGGCCGGUGACACUUUGGAGUACGCGAAAUUUUGCGAGGAUGAUGUACGGCCGGCAUUGAAAGACAUUGUUUGGAUAUGGCAAGGUGACAACGUUUGUAACGCAGAAGAUUGUGAAAAUCAAAAAUCAUAGCAACCCAAAUCCUAACCGGAAUUAGUUUUAGUUUUUUUUUUUUUUUUUAAUGUUUUCACUCGCUGUUAGUAAUUUUUAAUUUUGCUUGGGGAGAGAUUGUAAUAUGAUAUUGUAUAUAAACUGAGUAUUGCAAAUUAAUGUUUUGAAUUGAAUGUGACAAAUCCUUUCAAAAAACGAAUUGAAUGUGACA